AUGGACGCCGGCGCCGGCGCCGGCGCUGGCGCGCCCUACGCCUCCCGCACGGCGGAGGAGGUCUUCCGCGACUUCCGCGGCCGCCGCGCCGGCAUGAUCAAGGCCCUCACCCAAGGUUGGUGGCUUUUUGCAGAAGUGGACAAGUUCUACCAGCUCUGCGACCCCGAAAAGGAGAACUUGUGCCUUUAUGGGUACCCUAAUGAAACAUGGGAAGUGACGUUGCCUGCUGAGGAAGUUCCCCCAGAGAUUCCUGAACCAGCACUUGGAAUCAACUUUGCUAGGGAUGGCAUGAACGAGAAGGAUUGGUUGGCACUAGUUGCUGUUCACAGUGAUUCCUGGUUGUUGGCUGUUUCAUUCUACUUCGCGGCACGGUUUGGAUUUGACAAAGAGGCAAGGAGGCGACUCUUCAACAUGAUAAAUAACCUGCCUACAAUAUUUGAAGUCGUGACUGGGGCUGCAAAGAAGCAGAUCAAGGAGAAGGCCCCCAACAGUACGCACAAGAGCAAUAAUAAGCCAAGCAUGAAAACUUAUUCAAAGCCUGAGUCCCAAUCAAAGGCCCCAAAGAUAGCAGCGCCCCCAAAGGAUGAAGAUGAGAGCGGCGAGGACUAUGGAGAAGAAGAGGAGGAAGAGCGCGACAACACCUUGUGUGGUACCUGUGGAACAAACGACGGCAAGGACGAGUUCUGGAUCUGCUGCGACAACUGCGAGCGGUGGUAUCAUGGGAAAUGCGUCAAGAUCACGCCUGCUCGAGCCGAGCAUAUCAAGCACUACAAGUGCCCAGACUGCAGCAACAAGAGGGCGAGGGCGUAA